GGAUAUUUGGACUCUGUGAACGAGGUUUAAUAGUAUUAAUGCAAAUGUAAUGAAAUAUCGGCAAAAAAUAUAUAAUUUGAAGGGUUGUAAGAUAAAAGGAAUGUAUAUUUUAUACUAAUGGCACGAACUUAUGUUAGUUAAAACAUUCGUGCAGUAAAAGAAGCAAGAACCCAAAAAAGUAUUUAAAAUUACUGAAUAUUGUAAUCGGCUGAACAAGAAGUAAACAACAGUCGGGUGGGUGCCGUAAAUGAUGCACCGCUAUGACGUAACUGUCGCAAACCAACACUACUGUCGUGAAAACUGGCCGCCCCCUAAAGAUGGCGGCGGAGCUGCAUCCCCGGAGCGGAAAGCUGGUCGGCCUGUCCAACUCCAACCGCACCGCCCGGCGCAAUCAGCCCGUCCAGGAGUUCAACCACGGCCUGGUGCUCAGCAAGGAGCCGCUGAGAGACCGGGACGUCUUCACUGUCCGUAUCGACAAGAAGGUGAACUCGUGGAGCGGUUCCAUUGAGAUCGGCGUGACGACGCUGGACCCCGCGCUGUUGGACUUCCCAAGCAGCGCCACGGGCCUGAAGGGUGGCUCCUGGAUCGUGUCGGGCUGCUCCGUGCUCCGGGACGGCCGCUCGGUGCUGGAGGAGUACGGGCGCGACCUGGAUCAGCUGGCCGAAGGCGACCGCGUGGGUAUCCAGCGCAGCUCCCGCGGUGAGCUCCACCUAUGGGUCAACGGCCAGGACUGCGGCGCCGCCGCCAGCGGCUUGCCCCCCAAGCUGUGGGCCGUGGUGGACCUGUACGGCAAGUGCACGCAGGUGACGGUGGUGAGCUGCGAGCCGCCGCUUCCCUCGGCCGAGCGAGAGACUGUAGUUCGGGUCGAGGAGGAGGACGAGGAGGAAGAUGCGGUGGUCUGCGGGGUGCGAGAGGAUGCGGGCAUCACGGCACUGAUGAAUGUGGCAGCGAUGAAUGGAGUCAUGAUAGGAGACGAAGUGCCUGAGCUUAGUUGCGGUCACAGCAGACCAGACAAGUUCCCCAACAACCUGGAGCCAGACGCAGUUCUGACAGAGCACCAGCUCUUUGACGUGUUCAACAACGCGAUAGUCUCUUUUUACCAAGCCGAGGAUGAGGGCGGAGGGGAAGAAGGCGGCGGCGGCGGCACAGGAGGAAGCGGAGCCACGGGAAGUGACUCCUCCUCGUCAAGAAACGACACGAGGAGCGGCAGCAGAGGUGGGGCGCCGAGCAACGACAGUGGGAUGGGAGCGGGGGACGCCGGGAACACUGGGAACACGAGCAGCGCCCCCGCCGGAGGAGGAGGAGCGUCGGGGGCGGCGACAGGCGGCUUGACCACCAAUGACGCGCUGCUCUUCCACGAGAAGUGCGGCACCUUGAUCAAACUGAGCAAUAACAACAAGACGGCGGAGAGGAGGCGACCGCUGGACGAGUUCAACAACGGCGUGGUCAUGACCAACCGGCCGCUGCGACACAACGAGAUGUUCGAGAUCCGCAUUGAUAAGCUGGUGGACAAGUGGUCGGGUUCAAUUGAGAUUGGCGUGACCACACACAUCCCAAACAAUCUGGACUAUCCUGCAACCAUGACCAAUCUGCGUUCAGGUACAAUCAUGAUGAGCGGCUGUGGUAUACUGACCAACGGGAAAGGCACCAGACGGGAAUACUGCGAGUUUAGCCUGGAUGAACUACAGGAAGGAGAUCACAUCGGGCUGAUGCGCAAAGCCAGCGGUGCGCUUCAUUUCUACAUCAAUGGCAUCGACCAGGGUGUUGCGGCAGCGCAGACCCCCGGCGUGGUGUACGGCGUGGUCGACCUCUACGGCAUGGCCGUCAAGGUCACCAUUGUUCACAAUCACAACCACAGCGAGCGCCUCCGCCGCAACAACGCUAUCAUGAGGGCGAUGUCGCCCGACGUCGGGCGGCCCCGGCCCACCCUCACUCCGGACUCCGACGCGCCGGAGCGGCUCCUCUUCCACGCCAACUGUGGCCAGAAAGCCGCCAUCAUCAGCGACGGCAGGACGGCGCUGAGGCCACAUGCCACGGACGACUUCAAUCACGGCGUGGUCCUCAGCAGCAGGCCGCUGCGCUCCAACGAAGUGUUCCAGGUUCGUAUUGACAAGAUGGUGGACAAGUGGGCGGGCUCCAUCGAAAUCGGUGUGACGACGCACAACCCCGCCUACCUGCAGCUGCCCUCCACCAUGACGAACCUGCGCUCAGGGACAUGGAUGAUGACAGGGAAUGGUGUGAUGCACAAUGGGACAACAAUUCUAGACGAAUACGGACACAACCUAGACCGCCUCAAAGCGGGUGACACCGUCGGCGUCGUGCGCAAAGAAGACAGCAGCCUCCACUUCUUUGUGAACGGUGUCGCUCAGGGCCCAGCGGCCUGGAACGUGCCCCCCAACGUCUACGCCGUGGUGGACCUCUACGGCCAGGCAGCUCAGGCUACCAUCAUGGACGACAUGGUGGACCUUCCCCCUCUCCCCGAGGACAGCUCCGAGGGACCCACAGCCAUGUCCCCUGGGAGCCCCUGCUCAGUACUGGGGGCCAGCACCGCCACCGACCUGCGUUUCCACCACCUGCACGGCACCAACGCCGUCAUCACCAACGGGGGGCGCACCGCUCUGCGCCAGAACUGCCGCAGCGAGUUCAACGACGCCAUUGUAAUUUCCAACAGGUGCCUUCGAGAUGGAGAGCUCUUUGAAAUCAUCAUUCAGAAGAUGGUGGACCGCUGGUCAGGUUCAAUAGAAGCAGGGGUGACAGCCAUCAGGCCAGAAGAGCUUGAAUUCCCCAACACGAUGACUGACAUCGACUAUGACACGUGGAUGCUCAGCGGGACGGCGAUCAUGCAGGACGGUAACACGAUGCGCAACAACUACGGCUGCGACCUGGACUCGUUGACGUCGGGCUCCCGCAUCGGCAUGAUGCGCUCGGCCAUCGGUGACCUUCAUUAUUACAUCAACGGCGUGGACCAGGGUGUGGCGUGCUCCGGUCUGCCACCGGAGGUGUUUGCAGUGAUUGACCUGUACGGUCAGUGUGUUCAGGUGUCCAUCACCAGCUCCUCGGGCCCACUAGACAACAGCUUGUGCACCAGCAACAUCACUGAGAAGAGCUUCCCAAUCCACUCUCCAGUAGCAGGAGUUGCCCACCGGCUCCAUGGUAAACAUGGUAAGAAUGUGGUGCUGCUGGGCGAGGGGUGCCAGGCCGUCCGAGCGGGGGGUUAUGCUCACGGCAUCGUUUUCAGCGCUAAGGAACUCAAAGUGGAUGAGCUGUUCGAGGUGAGGAUCGACGAGGUGGACGAGCAGUGGUGCGGUUCGCUGCACGUCGGCCUGACCACGUUGGCGCCGGCCGAGCUCCCGUCGUGCCCGCUCUCCGGCUUCUCCCCCUCCCUCCCGCAGCUUCGCGCCAAGGUCACCUGGCUGCUCUGCGGCUCGGAGGUCCGUCGUAAUGGCGUGCUGCAGCGCCAGAACUACGGCCGCUCGCUGGAGCGGCUGACGGUUGGGAACCGUGUGGGCGUGAAGCGGUGCAGCGAUGACACCAUGCACAUUUUCAUUGACGGCGAGGACAUGGGACCUGCGGCCACCGCAGUAGCCAAGGUGUAUGCAGUCUUGGACCUGUACGGGCGGAUCACGGCGGUAUCCAUCGUCAGUUCCACUCUGAUGGAGGACGUCGAAGGCGUCAAGGCGCCGUCGCUCUCCUCGGGAAGCUGCAGUGAAGGAGAGGAUGACAGCACGCCGGUCAGAGAAGCUGCGGGUGAGCCGUGCGCAACGGUGCCCACCGCCAUGGCUUUCCUGGAAAACCACGGGAAGAACAUCCAGCUGUCCAACCAAAAGCUGACGGCAGCCAGAGUGUCGAGCUACAACCAGGGCCUGCUGGUCACCGCUCGGCCGCUGACCCAGCAGCAGCUCUUCCAGUUUCAGAUCGACCGCCUCAAUCCGUCGUGGACGUCGUCGCUGUCGCUGGGGGUGAUCGGUCACUCCCCGGACCGGCUCAACUUCCCCUCCACGGCGUGCUGCUUGAAACGCUCCGCCUGGCUGCUGCAGAGAGACUCCAUCUUCCACAACUCGCUCAAAAUAUGCGAGAACUACGGUCCUAACUUGGACACGUGCCCUGAGGGGACAGUGUUGGGUCUGCUGGUGGACGCCAACGGGUGUCUCCAUCUUUAUGUCAACGGCAUGGACCAGGGGGUGGCAGCGCAGGACAUUCCCGCCCCCUGCUACCCCUUCAUCGACCUGUAUGGCCAGUGCGAACAGGUUACCAUAGUCACAAAUAACGUGCCAACUGUGGGUGGAGAGGGUGGCGACGCCCGCUGUCAAGGCGACAUGGAGAAGGCGGACAUGGUUGACGGCAUCAAGGAGAGCGUGUGCUGGACACCCCCUCCCGACGUCAGCCCCAACAAGUCCUGCGAGUACCAGGCGCUGUGCUCCCGCUUCAAGGACCUGCUCACCCUACCAGACGGCUACUUCAGUGAGGAUGCAAAGUACAACCUGUGCUACUGUGAGUCCUGCCGCAAGCUGCGGGGGGACGAGGCUUAUUACAAGAGAGGCGAGCCCCCCCGGGACUACGCUCUGCCUUUCGGAUGGUGCUGCUUCGCCCUCAGGAUCAAGCCCCACUGUGAGGUUUCUAACGCACUGAAGAAGUGGCACAUCGCGUACCACGGCACCAGCGUCGGGGCCCUGCGGCGCGCGCUGGACCACAGCCAGCUGCUGCCUGGGACGUCGUCCAUCUUCUCAGUGGCGCCGGUGAAGGCGGAGGGGCCGGAUAGCUACAGCGAUCCGGAGGAGAACAGCGCCCCCGGGAGGGAGGUGCCCAGGGUCAGGCUGUCGCCCACCAUGCGCUACUCUGGUUUGGAGACGUUUGCUCCUAAAGUGCAAUUUCGGGACCCCCGCUCUCACCGCUGCCACCAGGCCCAGGUGGGCUUCCAGGUUUGCGUGCGGCCCGGCUCCUACAAGGCGGGCCCGCAGCAGACGCUCGGCCACGGCGAGCCUCUGGACCCGCGCUUCAGCAACUCGGAGAUCGAGUGGAUCACGAAAGAGCAGGGCGGCACGCUCCUCUACGGUCUGCUCGUGCGGGUCGAGUGAGCGACUUUUGAUUAACUGACUACCAAAUCCAAGCCCUGCCUUUGAGAAACAGACUCCUCUGCGAUCCACUUGAUCCAAAUGAUUGUUGACAUUUUUCAUUUUGGCGGUUUCAAAGAACAACAGACACUGCCUGCACUUUAAGUUUCGACGAUAUUUAUUCUUUUUUUGUGGUUUUUUUUUAAGCGGACUAAAUAGCAACAUGACACGUUUUCGUUUGUUUAACACCCUGCGCUUUUAUUUCGGGGACGUCCCCCCUGCCCCGCCAAGCCUGACGUAAUUGUUUUCACACGCAAAAAAAAAAAAAAAAAAACUUGAAUUUUAAGAGUGAGAUUUUACGACUGGAUUGUUUACACAUUUUGUUACGGUCCCGUUUGUUAUCACGAGCCUGACCGACCGUCUGUUUUCUCUUCAGCAACUGCUUUUGUUGAGAAAAGUAUUUGAAAUGGGAAUACAAUAAAUAUGGGAAUAGGGAUGAGCCCAAAUUGCAACGAAUUGAUGGAUUAAAAUUUCCUACAUUCAUACAUGGGUACCUUGACUUACAACUUUGUUGGGGCACUUGUAAGUCAAGGUAGCACUGUAGUUUAAACUGUACAAAAGAGCACAGAAACAGCAACUAGGUGAGUUUUUCAGUGAAUAACUGCGGAAGCGGUGAAAAAAAAAAAAUCACGAUUAGGAGGGGGAAGACUUAACAAUGGUUUGUCUGUUAGAACCUCCUAAGAGGAUAUUUUUUAAAUCAAAGUGACUCAAAAAGCUGGCAACCCUGUUUACUAAAAAAUGCCAUUUGUUUAUUAUCAUCAAAAAUGUUCAUGUUCAAAUUCAUGGAACGUUUAAAAAAAAAAAAAAAAAAAAAGUUGUCGUCUCAAUAAGAUGGCCCAUGUUACCUUGAGAAUGCUCUCAGCGAGGGCUCUGAGGUUUUCGCUUCCACCGUUCACGUUUGGAGUUUUCUCCCGGUUUACGUUCUCAAUCCCGGUUGUGGCGAACCCGCUCCGUUUCUCGAGGCACCGUCAAACUCCGAAUGGAUUCAAGAUCAAUAACCUUCUACGAGCAGCUGGGAUCCGAGCAAGAUCCAGUGGGAUUUGUUUGACGAAAAGAAACGAAAAACAAAAACAACUUCCAAUCAAAAAUGUGAAAAAUGUUUUAUGGGUAAUUUAUGGCCCAGUGCUGCUUUGUAAAUUUUGUUUUCCUGUAUGUUGCAUUGUACAUAAAUAUCUUCCUGGUUUAUAUAAAUAUAUAUAUUAAAAAAAUAAACUGACAGUAUGCACAGUUGGUUUGUUUUUACCCCUACCCUCAACAAAACAAAACAUGAGAUGUUCCUUUUCUGUCAAAUUUGAUUUUGAGUAGGAAAAGGAUGUUUUUAUUGCAGCGUCAACAUUCUGGUGAUUUCUUAUUUAUAAAGGCCAAUAGUGUGUUUGUCUCAAGAUCAGACAAGCAACAAGAAACUUUUAGAACCGAGAACAAACACAAAAAAAGGCCUUGAGUUUGACACCUAUGAGGUAGAGUAUGCAGUGCAGGAAGAGUCUAUAUUUACACACCACAACACAAAACUUAUGUUUUAGGGUGGAGGUGACUGCAGACUGGACUGAGAGGUCCCAAGAGGGAACUGGACCGGGGUAAUAAGUACAUACACGCAUCAA